CUUACCAACCACUCAACCGAUCUGGAAUUGAUCUCAGGUUGCCUUUGAUUUCUAACGGCAACAUAAUCGCUGACCAUGAUCCCGAGCGACAACUAGUGGACAGAAUCCACCAUGGCCACCAAACGAACCCGAUCCGCCUUCGAAGCGGACCUACAGGCGCACGAAUCGCCCUACGCCUUCUACGGCACCCCGCUCCCCCCCUUAGAUGCCGGCGCACGCGACGAUGGCUCGUACAAGCCGGUCUGGCAGCAGGAGGUGACAGACGACCGGGGGAGGAAGCGACUGCACGGCGCCUUCACCGGUGGAUACAGUGCCGGAUAUUUCAACACCGUCGGAUCCAAGGAAGGAUGGACCCCCGCGACGUUUGUGUCCUCGCGCCAGAACCGCGCCAAGGACCGUCCGCAGGCUCAGCGCGUGGAGGAUUAUAUGGAUGAGGAGGAUCUUCGCGAGGCGGAGGAGGCACGGCAGGUCGAGGCGAACGAGGAUUUUGCUGGGUUUGGGUCUACGGGGGCUGACGCCGUCCGCCGCGGGGGUCUGGUCGAUCUGUUCAAGACCAGCGGCGAGACGAUGGGUGUCAGACUCUUAAGGAAAAUGGGCUGGAAAGAGGGCCAAGGGAUUGGACCCAAAGUCCGGCGGAAAGCCGACCUCGACGAUGGGAAUGCCGACCCGCACCAGACAUACCUGUUUGCUCCGGACGACCCGCCGAUGGUCGCGUUCGUACACAAGACGGAUCGCAAGGGAGUCGGAUUCGAAGGGGAAUCCCGUCUGGACGCCCCGAAGGCGGGCGGCGAGCCAUCGGACGAAGACGAGGGCGACCCGUUCUUCGGGCGGCGGCUCACGGGCACGGCGAAACAGAAGCCGACGACAAAGGGACCCCGUCGGGGAGCGUUCGGUGUCGGUGUGUUGAACGAUACGGGCUCAGACGAUGAAGACCCAUACUCCCUAGGCCCGCAGAUCUCAUACAGCCGCGUGAUCGGUGGAGACAAGAAGAAGAAAAAGAAGGCCAAGGCCGAAGAUGCGAAACCGACUGUCGCCGCGGCUAAUCCGCUGUUGAACACCAAACCGGUCUUCAUCUCCAAGAAAGUGCUGGCGUCGAAGAAUUCAGCCGGGUUCCGAAAAUGCCAUGACGGCCGCUUGCCCUUGGACGGCUUUGUUCUCGCCGACGGCAUCUCGAUCCUGACGAUCUCCUCGCAGGAAAAAAAGUACGCGCCCCCAGAGAUCCCCAAGGACUGGAAGUCGAGCAAAGCGCCGGCGCAAGAACAGGAUGCAUCCCCCUACGUUUCAACGGCAGAUGCCGCCAAGGCAUCCUCGCUGGAUCCGACGUCGCGGGCGGCGCUUCUAGGAGAAGCCCAGUUGCCCGGCAAAUCCAUCUUCGACUGGAUGACCCCCGAAGCCCGCGAGCGGAUCGCGAAGCUGACGGGGAAAACGGACCUGCCUCCCGCGCUGGGGGAGAAAGCCCCACCAGGACAUGAGCGCUCGGACUCGCAGCGGCAACGAGACCUAUGGGAUCUGGUCCCCAAGUUGGGCAAGCAUGUGGCAGCCCAGGCGCUGGCCCGGGCCGCCAGCGGCUGGAUGCCCUACGCAGAGGAUCUCGACAAGCGAUCCCGCUACCGGGUGUUCCUAGAAGUCCGCGCAGGACUGCGCGAUCGACUCCCCGACCGGGUUCCGGGGUCAUCGACGGACGAGUGGACGGCGGAGUUGAAUGAAUUCGCCCGGGCGGCGGAGGUCUUCAAGCCCAUGUCGGGCGCCAUGGCGUCGCGGUUCACGUCCGCCUCGUCGGGACCGAAAGGGUCGUCGGACGAGGCCGCCGAUUCGCCCGAUGCGACAGGUCUUCAUCGACCAGCGGAGAAGCCCCAAGACCCCGCGGAGGCCGCCGCUCACAUCGGCAUGUUUGGCCCCAUGACGCGCAGCAGCAUCUCGUUCUACCCGACGCGUUUGCUGUGCAAACGGUUCAACGUCAGGCCGCCGGGUCAUGUGCAACAGGACCCGGGGGCGCCUGCGCCGUCUGGCGGUGCGCAGACCGCUCCUGGUCCCAAGGAGCUGGUCUCGCAGGCGGUGAUGAACGAACUAGUGCAUGCGGUGGGUGCCACGUCCGGGUCGGCACCGCCGCCUCGGCCGCCGGUGGUGGUGGAGCCGGAACGCAACGACGCGUUGGAAGCGGAUCGGCCGGGGGAGGCUGUUUUCAAAGCGAUCUUCGGGAGUGAUGAUGAGGAUGAGAAUGAGGAGUAG